AGGAAGAUUAAAAACCGUUGCUGUCGACAAAAUUGCUUUCAUUAUCCCUAAGCUGGUAUUCGACAAACACGCCUCGUCAACUACACACUUCAGUCGGUUUUGAUUAAAGUCAGUAAUAAAAAAUGUCGGAAGAGCAUUUCGUUGAUGCUAUUGACGAAACCUGUGCAAGAUUGACCACUGAGCAAUGUCACACCACUCUUCUCUACAACAUCCCCAUUGCUUCGCUUGCCAUCGACAAUAAGGAGCGGCUGUGCCUAGCACAAAUAUCUAACACGCUACUCAAAAAGUACAGCUACAACGAAAUCCACAAUCGACGCGUAGCCCUAGGUAUAACCUGUGUGCAGUGUACGCCAGUACAACUUGAAAUCCUCCGACGGGCCGGUGCGAUGCCGAUUUCAUCCCGACGUUGUGGCAUGAUAACCAAACACGAAGCGGAAAGACUCGUCAAAUCAUUUCUCGAGGAAACCACACCCGUGAAACUACCAGAUAAUUUUGCAUUUGAAGUGGAGCAUACGUGUUCGUGGGGAUGCCAGGGUAGCUUUAUUCCGAGCCGAUACAACAGCUCACGAGCUAAGUGCAUUAAAUGUACAUUUUGCGGUAUUUAUCUUUCACCGAACAAAUUCAUCUUUCAUUCGCAUCGUUUGCCGGAAUCAAAAUACCAACACCCGGACGCGGCUAACUUUAAUUCUUGGCGACGUCACAUUAACUUAGCGAAUACAGAUUCGAGUGACGAGCUUCUGCACGCUUGGGAAGACGUUAAGGCGAUGUUUAAUGGAGGCAGUCGCAAACGAUCGCUUCUAACGUGUUCGAAGACAAGCGUCACUAACAGUAUUCCGGUUAUAUCGCUUGCACCGUCGUCAAAACGUAUGCAAUUCGACAUGACAUCAACGCAUUCGUCCAUCCGUACGCCUGUUUAUCCAUUCGUAGCAUCACCGUUUUUUCCGAAACCGUUUCAAAAUGUUGGCCAUGAAGCACUGAUUCCAUUCAUUCCACCGCACAGAAUGGGCAUGGAGUCAGUAAGUGGGGCGGACUACAGCCCAUCAUUUCCGAUGAGUUCAUGGAAAAUGGCACCAUUUUGGCUCAAUUCUAAAAUGAUUGGAGGAUCAUUUUUAGAAACGAUGGCAUCUGGCGGACACGACACCACUUGGCAGGAACUUCACGGUACUGCUCUUAGACCACACUCAUCGAAUGGUGAUCUCGGGAUACCAACAGUUUCAAAAAUGUUAAAACCGAAUCAUGUAUCAGCGUUUACGCCUGUGGAACAUCGCCGUAGCAUUGGGGAGUUGGAGGAUCAACUACGGAAGAUUAGCUGCCCAAAUCGUCAUGAAUCUACCAAGCGACGCCGGUCCUAUGCUUCCGAUAAAUUUACUACUGCAGCAACAAGUGACAGCAUUCAUGAUUUUGGGUUUGAAGUGCGAAUGAAUGCCUCUCCCGCUGACCGUGUGAAUAUGACUCAAUGCUUAGAUACGUUUGAAGAAAAACAGGGACUCGCAUUUGGAUUGCCAAUCCGCAGCAGAUAUAAAAGCGCAAGCAAUGCCCAACCUGAUUCUGCACUACAACAGGAACAUGACAUAAAGCAGCUUACACGAAGUGAACUGGAGGCGAAACUUGCAGAGGCUCAAUCAACUUUAAGUAACCUGACGUCAUCUUCAAACACAUCAUCAACCUCUGUGGAAAAAUGAUUGUUGUUGUAUACCCAACUAUUUUACAGUUCUGACGACAGGACAACCUUCAAUAAUACUGAAUUGUGGUAACACUUAUCAUGUGUCUACCGCCCCCUUUUAAUUAACUUUCGACGAGAUAUAUAACCAUGGCGGUAUCUUUGUUCCUAUCAGUUCAUUAUAAAAUAAUGUCCUUAAAUGAUCACCAUAAUAGACAGACAGUGUUGUGUUUAAUUAGGCAAACAAAUACGAACGAAAGCUCUGGAUGUUGACAUCUUCAAUUUAAAGUUAUUCUCUUAAGUUUAUUGUAACACCUCAGCAUUUUACUUUAAUGACACAAUUAUAAAAGUAUAACAUACUUUAAUUGGUAAAUACCUUCGGCAUCUCUCCCUCCCUCUCUCCUUAUAUUAUUGUUGACGAUUGAGCUCUAUGACAAUUCUUGGAACCGACAUUGGUCUUCUGUUUGUUUGUUUGUUUUUUUUUUUUUUAUAAAUAUUUACUGUCAACACAUGGGCUCGCAUUUAAUGAUGAUAUAAACUUGUCAGAAUGUCACUUUAUUGAGUAAAUGCUAAUAGAAUAUAAAAGUAAAAUUUCUUGGUUUCUAAAAAUGCUUAUAUAAAGCGCAUAAAAAAAGUUAACUGUACUAUACAGAUUAUUAUUAUUAUUAUUAUUAUUAUUAUUAUUAUUAUUAUUAUUAUUAUUAUUAUUAUUAUUAUUAUUAUUAUUAUCAUCAUCAUCAUU